AUGUCUCAAUUAGACCCUUUUAUUGCCUAUACUGUCAAAUUGACCAUGGAUUUUAAAUCUCAACCAACUAUGAUAAAUGAGAAAUACAUACAACAGCCUCAAGAUAAUCCGAAUCAUCCCAUGUUCCCAGAAUUAAUUAUGCGUAUCUUUUCUGUAAAUCCCUUAUUAUCGAAAUCUGUUGAAAAGGUCCCAAAGCUGAAAAAAGAGAAUGUAUUAGCUUUAUUAUAUCAUGCAGAUAAACAAUGGAUACAAUGCAUAAAAGAAUUGUCUACUACAAUUCAAUCUAGUAAACGUUCAAAACCACAGAUUGAAUAUGCAGUCAGUAAUAUACAUUAUCAACAACGCGUCUUUUUUGAUACUUUACACUUUCUUCGUGAAACAGUUAUGAGCACUGAAUAUCCGUUAAUGGAUUCUAUUCUUUUAACCAACGAUAAUAGUAUUCAAACAUGUCCAAAAAAAUUUAACGAAUCAAUUUGGUUUGCAGCUCAAGUUCUUCAUCAUCAUGGUCAGGUACGGCAUCUCGAAUAUUUCACAAAAGUACUCAAGCCAUUUGCUAGUAAGUUAUAUGAUGCAGUGGAACAAUUUCGUUUUCAAUUACGGGAUACGAUACGUAGACAAAGAAUCGUCAAGCGUCGCUAUCAAAAGAGGUCCCUGUUAUUAUUCAGAAACACAAAAAGAUUUUCAAUGUGGAGUCUAUUUACAAUCAAUUCUUUACCCUCAUCUUCUUUUACUCAAACUCAAACUACUUUGUUCUACGAGACAGUACAACAUCAACAGUUUCUACGUGAUGAAUUAGAGCCUUCCUUAUCUAAUCUAUUGUAUUAUUGGACACAAUUUGAAAAUAAGCUUUAUGCUUGUUAUGUACAUAUCGUUUUCGGGAAAUAUCAUGUGGAUCAUAUACAUGAAACAACGAUAGCAAUAGCAAAGGAAGAAGAAAAAACAAUAUCCCCCGUGUCUUCUUCAUCGUCCUUAUCAACGUUUCCAAGUGCCAUCUAUCAUGAUACAUUUACUCAAUUAUUACCACCCACCUUAGAACGCUCUCUCAAGUUAGAUAUCAUUAAUAUCAACAUGAUUCAAACCUUAGAUCCAGCUGCCUUUGUCGCUCUACCUCGACUCGCCAUCUUAUCAGGUAUGACUUGGCUCUCUCAUCUAACAGGCUGGCGUCGUCAUUAUCACGUACUGCCUCAAUGGAUUCAACCUCAUAAAGAAACUAUGGAAUGUAUUAUGUCAGCCAUGAUUAGACUAGAGGCAAAAUUCCUCAAGGCUCCCUCUGAGGAUGCACAUUAUACAUUUGUCAAAACUUACCAACGAUUAGAAAGGGCAUUAGUACAUGGACAACAACCAACGGAUAUCUUACUCACACUAGAAAAGGAAAUUUAUUUAGAUAUCUGUCUUGUAGCAGAUUCAAUAUUAUCUAAUCAUUAUUCUCAAUCAUUUAAUGCUAUUUUAUAUCAAUUAUUUAAGCAUGUAGGAGAUGCUGUCAUACAGCAAUGA